GGAACAACUUCAUUCAUUUUCUGUACGCUCACAGAGUCUGGACUCUAUCCCAUCUGACUUUGUGCGAAAAGGCGGUGUACACCCUGGACCGGUUCACAGCCUACUGUAGAAGCGGGAACAUGACAACAUUAAAGCCCAAGUGUCAUCCCUAUAAACAUUCUAAAAUAGAUAUUGUCAUGAAAAAUACAUAUAACAUUAUUCGCUUCAAUGUCUCCGUCAUCUAUGCGCAAAGUUGCGGAAGUCUCAUUCGCCAUCCAAGUGGUCACCAUAUUGGCUGCAUCGACUGCCCGUGACGUCACCCCGGACAUUCGCCAUUGAAAACACGCUGUGGCCCCUGAUUUGGGACACGCCCCUUCAGAAACGGAAGCUCUUUUCAAAGAAGAGAACACCUCACAACCGAGUGAAGUGACCGGGGCAAUAUUACCCUAUCGUUUGGAGCCAUAUUUAGAUGAUAUGCGGAUCACGGCCAAACCACCUCCCCGGCCGAUCCACCUCCAUGCGGCGGUGAUAAAAACCAACGCCGCGGCCAAAUCGCCUGCCCGUCUGAUUCACUCCCGCGGCUGAGAUGAGCCACCACGGCCCAGAACUGUGAUGAGCCGGAAGGCCGUCUUGGCAUGGCCGACUCUGCCUUGUUAACACGGCUUCGGCCGGGACGGCCUUGUCGACAAGGCCGGCGGCGAUCCACAAGGCCUGCGGAGGCCGUCCUUCAGCGGCUGCUGCACGGAAGCCCUCCGAUGCCCACAUGUGCAUAUUUAGCACCCCUGAUUUACGGAUUACGCCCCCUCCCCUACGCCUACCUGUCAUUUGGAACCCACGAAGCUCUCAUCUUUUUGCACCUGUGUAAUCCAUUUUUCACGACGAACCGGAUCUUUUUGGAAAGUAUGAAGAGCGAAUCCAUCCUCCCGAGUGUUAGAGCAAUAUCCAGCAAUACAACGAGCCGGCGUUUUGGCUAGCACGAAGGAACGACGAGCUACCUUCCAGCAGUCAAAAUGGAGAAGGAGCCGUUCGAGAAGGUGUACCAGGUGGGCUCCGUGCUGGGGAGCGGCGGCUUCGGCACCGUGUACGCCGGCAGCAGGCUCGCCGACGGGGCACCGGUGGCUGUAAAACACGUCGCCAAGGAAAGGGUGACCGAGUGGGGCUCACUUAACGGAAGCAUGGUCCCGCUCGAGAUCCUCCUGCUCAAGAAGGUCAGCUCGUCUUUCCGCGGCGUGAUCAAACUGCUGGACUAUUACGAGCGCGCCGACGGCUGGCUGCUGGUGAUGGAGCGGCCGGAGCUCGUCAAGGACCUGUUCGACUUCAUCACCGAGAAGGGGGCGCUGGACGAGGACGCGGCGCGCGGCUUCUUCCGCCAAGUCCUGGAGGCGGUGCGCCACUGCUACAGCUGCGGCGUGGUGCACCGGGACAUCAAGGACGAGAACCUGCUCGUGGACCUGCGCACCGGGGAGCUCAAGCUGAUCGACUUCGGCUCCGGGGCCCUCCUCAAGGACACCGUGUACACGGACUUUGACGGUACCCGUGUGUACAGCCCGCCCGAGUGGAUCCGCUUCCACCGGUACCACGGCCGCUCCGCCACGGUGUGGUCGCUCGGCGUGCUGCUCUACGACAUGGUGUGCGGCGACAUCCCGUUCGAGCAGGACGAGGAGAUCCUCCAGGGGAAACUUUACUUCAGGAGGAGGGUUUCGGCCGACUGCCAGCAGCUGAUCAAAUGGUGCCUGGCCUUGCGACCCUCCGACCGGCCCACGCUGGAGCAGAUCUGCGAACACCCCUGGAUGGGGGCGCCAGCCGGGACGCCGGCGCCGGGUCCCGAGGAGCCGGCGGCCGGCGACAUCCGCCUGCGAACCAUCGCCACCGACUCGUCGUCGAGCACGGCCUCGAGCAAGGGAGCCUCUGAGGACAGCGGAGGGGACUCAAAAGACUCUUGGGGGGGGGGGGGGUUCUAGGCUACGAGGAGUCGGAUUCAAGUUCGAUAUCCUGCGAGUCUCGUCGGCCGGUCGACGGCCAUAAAUGUACGUUUCAGCAACUGUUUGUUGUUGCUCAUCUUCAUUUUACCCCCACAUUUUUUUUUCUUUUUUUUUUCAUUCAUUUAAUCCAAGUUGUUUCCUAAAUGGGAACAUUUUGCUGUUUGGGUGGUCUUACCAGCACUAUAUAUUUGCCCCCUCCCCUUUUGAACUCUUAAUUUUUUUUAUUUUUUGUUAGUAGGCUGUUAUAUGAUGCAUCCGGCAAGGCCUUCCUGUUCAGAUAUGGUUGCUCUCAUAGAGCUUUUGGAGAAAAUGUUUUUUUUUUUUUUUUUUUUUUUUUUUUUUUCCUCUAUUCAAUGUUCAAAAAAAAAAAAAGUUUUCAUUUUGGAGUGCCUUUUUUGGAACGCUGCUUUUUUCUGGGGGCUUUUCAUCUCAACUUAUUUUUGUUCCCUUUUUUUUUUUUUUUUGUUUGUUUUUUUUCCCCGGACUCAGCCUCAGUGAUGGGAGACCCCGUCACCGACAAGCCAAGUAGCCCCCAGCUGAGAGGCUGCGAGAGCGUUAAGAGAGGAGAAAUGGAAUACUUGAAACAAACAUGUACACACACACACACGCAACUGUGUAUCACUCUUCGAAGCUGCUCACUCACUCUAUAGCCUGAACAGGUGUUUUUUUUGGAAACUGGAUCCUGUCUCUCUUUUUUGAAUGUCAACACACACACACACCUCUUACUCUGCCUCCUCCCUCCGCUCUUGCCUUUUUUCGCUCUUCACUCGUUCUCCCGGCCCGUUCCGAAGUUUGUCGCACUCUUUCGUGCGUUGUUCUGCAAAGUCGGUCUCCUCUUUUACACUUUUUUUUUUUUUUUUUUUGCCUCCCGCCAUCUCACUGCUUGACACUUCACGGCCCCCCCCCCUCGCCCCUGACCCGGGGGCUCCGUUGGGUGUGAAAUGCACAAUCAAUGCAAUAUUUUUUUUUAUUUUUUGCAUAUAUUGUACAGUGUUUCCCCCCCUCUUUUAGUGUACUUCCCCCCCCCUCCACAUUUGCAUUUAAUUUAUUUGUAAACGUGUAGACAUUCCACAUUCUGUGGUUAUUUAUUUAUUUAUUGUCUUUGCUUAAACUCCCUCUAAAAUUAUUUUUGCAUUUCCUACUUGGCCUUUAGUUUGCAUUCCUAACUUAUUUUUACAUAUCGACAAUUUUUUUUUUUUUUUUUUUUUUUUUUUUUAGAUGUGGAGGAUGCACUGACAGUUGUCGAUGUAAAGCAGAAUAAAACAAGUUUACUUUAAUUUUGAAAGCAUUUGAAUGUUAUUUCACUACUUUUUGGGAGAUUUGAAUCCAUCUGGUUUUCUGUACUUUUAAGAUGAAGUUUUAAGUCGUUCGGGAAAGAAAAAUUGGGCUCACUUGUUGGGGCUCCGAACGAUGGAUAUUGGGUUUUUUUUUUUUAAUACUAAAUUUUCAAUUAAAGUCCCACUUUUAUGUACUGAAAUAGCUGGUGUCUUUAUUAAGAUUUGUUUAUUUUUUUUACUUUUGCAUGACUGCCAAGACCUCAUAGCAGCCAUUAACUGCAUGCUAAUAAGACUUUUGAAUGGAUGGAGAGUCACAGCUACUGUUAAACCAGUUUUUGCUAUCUUCUGACAGGAAGUAAACAGUUUUUAUGAGUAACUGUGUUU